AUGCGUGAGAUGCUCAUCGCGGGCAAGGUCCACUACCCGCCUAACGGAUGGUGGGAGGAUUUGCUCUUCUACCUUCAGAACAACCACGUCCUCCUCUCUGCCUUCUGCGCUCACCCCGCACACCCUUACACGCGCUGCCGGCGGUCGCUCGUGUUGCUCUCUUCAGUCACGUUUGCCUUCUUCCUCAACGCCGUCUUCAUUGCUGCCGUCCAGACGACCCUGCUCCGCUCCAUCCUCGAGGUGAAAGCCACGCUGUCGAAGGCGACGAUCGGCACGAUCGUGCAGAUGAUGUGGGAUGUGCCGAGCGGGAUGGUCGGGGCUUGCACGUGUGCCAAUGCCUCCUGCCUGCCCUCGUGCGUGGUGCGCCUAUGCCACUGCGUCUCGUGCGCCAUCCUCGCCUGCCAUCUCUACCUCGGCAUCUUAUACGGCAUCGUCGGAGUCGUCAUCCUUGCUCUCGAGAAGUCGGAGCGUACGGAGGUGGACGAGGUGUCGCUGGAGUUUGCACACGCCAAGGUGCUCGCGUGGGCAACUUCUGUGCCCUUUCUCGCUCUCAUCUUUGGAUGCUCCAGGUAUUUUGAGAAGAGGAAGUCGGCAAAAGACGUGGUCGCUCAUUGGCAGAAAUCAGCGAAAGCACCGGUGGAUUUGGACUAA